AUGGACACAAAGGAAGUCAAAUCCACGGUUUCGAAUUUAGAAAAAGCUGUAGAUGACAAGACGAUAUUGAAGCUACUCAACAUCUUGAACGAUGAUGUAAAACCAACUGAAAAAUUACUUCGAGAAACAAAAGUGGGAGUUGUCGUCAACAAGUAUCGAAGCCAUGCGAACCCACAAGUGUCGUCACUUGUCAAGAAGAUGAUUCGCGGCUGGAGGGGUGCAGUGCAAGCGGAGAAGAAUAAUAAGAAGAAAUCGGGCAUGUCUCCACUGAGCUCAGCCAAUUCGUCAACCAACAACAACAACAACAACAAUAAUAAUAAUGACUCAACAGCUAAAAGUGAAGCCGCUGCUUCAUCAACAGCACUGGCUCCACAUCGAUCAUACACGGGACCAAGGUCAGCACAGAAGGACGGCGUAAACACGCAGUUAUACGACAACGACACCCGCAACGCCUCCGUGGCAGCAUUGUACAACUCGCUCGCCGUGGAACGUGACGAUGCCCCCAAGACGAUCGUAGCCGUCGCCACUGAAAUCGAAAACGCCGUAUACCGUGAAGAAUACCUGAAACUCGGCGAGUCGUACCGCAACAAAUUGCGCACUUUUAUCAUGCAGCUUCGAAACAAGAAAAACCCCGAGUUGCGCCAACGGUUACUAACUAGGGAAUUGGACGCGGGCAAAUUCAUCAAGAUGUCACCUAACGAGAUGGCCCCUGAGGAAUUAAAGAAACAGAUUGAGAAAUUGCACAAGCAAAACUUGUUUGAUGCUCAGGGUGCUACGGAAAAGAGAGCUGUUACUGAUAGGUUCACUUGUGGCAAGUGUAAGCAUAAGAAGGUGAGCUAUUACCAGAUGCAAACGAGAUCGGCGGAUGAACCUCUCACGACGUUUUGCACUUGUGAAAAUUGUGGUAAUAGAUGGAAGUUUUCAUAG